AUGGCUGUGGCCCUGGGCUGUGCAAUCCAGGCCUCCUUGAAUCAUGGCUCCACGCUUAAAGAGUAUGAUACUGAGUAUGAAGUCUUCCGUCAGCGCUUCAGGCAGUUCCAAUACCAAGAAGCAGCCGGGCCUCGUGAAGCUUUCAACAACCUCUGGGAGCUUUGCUGUCAGUGGUUGAAGCCAACGAUGCAUUCUAAGGAAGAAAUCUUGGAGCUGCUAGUGUUGGAGCAAUUCCUAACUAUUCUGCCCUCGGAGAUAGAGACCUGGGUAAGGCUGUACCGCCCAGAGAAUAAGGAAAGAAUUCUGGCACUGAUAGAAGACUUACAGAGAGAACUUGAGAUACCAGAGCAGCAGGUCGGUGGGCAGGAAAUGCUCUUGGAAGAACUGGCACCAGUGGGAACAACACACAUACCACCAGACAUCCAACUGGAGUCACCAGACAUCCAACUGGAGUCACCAGACAUCCAACUGGAGUUACCUGAGCUUCACGUCCUAGGACCUUCCCAGGAGGCCACAGUGACAGAGGAGUGGAUCCCACAGGCAGGGCCACAGAACCCGACAGAUGGUGAUGUUAGGGAAUGCCAGCCCUUUUCCGAGCCAGAAUAUCCCAUACCAAAUCCUGACCUGAGCUUCCCAUUGGAGCAUAGAGAAGAUCCACGGGUGAAGGAAUUACAGGACUCCAAAGAAACAAAACAAUUACUUUACUCCAAGAUAGAUUUUGAGAUUGGGAGAGAAAAUGAAGAAUAUUCUUCACAACAGAAAACAAUGGAGAAUACAUAUGCAUUUGUUUUUACUUUUGAGGGGAAUAUUUUCCGUGGUCCCAAUUUACAACAAGUCUGUGGACAAUUAGAAAAUCAAUGGGGAAAUCCCCCAAAGGAGUUACAGUUAUCAAAGCUUUUAGAUUAUCAGAAACACCCUCCAGGAGAGAAAUCUGAGAGCAACAACAUGGAAGAAUCUUUCAGUCUUGGACCGCAUCAGCAAGAGAAUGCAGGAAAGAAACUUCACCCAUGUUCUAAGUGUGGAAAAUGUUUUGCUCAGAGGUCACAACUUAAUGGGCACCAGAAAAUUCAUUCAGGAGAGCAACCUCACAAGUGUCCUGAAUGUGGGAAAAGCUUCCUUCAUAGUUCAGACUUUUACAGACACCAACGAUUUCAUACAGGGGAGAGGCCCUAUGAAUGCACCAUAUGUAAAAAGCGAUUCACUAGAAGGUCACACCUUACAGGGCACCAGAGAACCCAUUCUGAAGAAAAAAUAUUUAAAUGCCUUCAGUGUGGGAAGAGUUUCUGUUAUGGAGCAAGUCUUACGAGACAUCUGAAAACUCAUACAGGUGAAAAACCUCAUAGAUGUGGUACUUGUGGGAAAGGCUUUAUUCAACAGUCAGCUCUUACUUUGCACCAGAGAACUCACACUGGAGAGAGACCUUUUAAAUGUAAUUACUGUGAGAAAAGCUUUAAACAUAAGCCAACCCUUGUUAUUCAUUUAAGAAUUCAUACAGGGGAGAAGCCAUACGAGUGUAGCUAUUGUUCUAAAACCUUCAGACAGAGAUCAGGCCUUAUUAUGCACCAAGCCUUUCACUUUAGACAGGAGUUCUUUAAGAAAUGUUGA